UCCGCCUAAUUAUAUCUGCCUCCCCGCUGUCUAUCCACCCCACACAACGCGCGGCCUCUCUCCCUCCCCCUCUGUCGCCCAACGGAGAAUUGACCUGCAUCCGACGCCGCAGUCAUGAGCUACUACGGCCAGCAGCAGCCACCCGUCGGCGCGCCUCCGCCGCAAGGGUAUCCAGGGAAAGACUCGUACCCGCCGCAGCAAGGCUACCCUCCGGCCGGCUACCCGCCGCCGGCGCAAGCUUAUCCUGCCCAGGGCUACCCGCCGCAGCAGGGGUAUCCGCCACAGCAGGGGUACCCGCCGCAGCAAGGCUACCCGCAGCAGGGAUACCCUCCUCCCUACGCCCAGCAGCCGCCCCGGCAGCAGGGGAGCAGCGGGCCCUCCUUCAUGGAGGGAUGCUUGGCUGCCCUUUGCUGCUGCUGCCUGUUGGACGCUUGCUUCUGAGCUCUAAUAUGCAACAGAGAACUUGGUCUGUCGCAACUAUAUGUGUUUCAGAUGGAAAUCGGGAUUGGCUUGUUAAUUACUUAUUAUUGGUGAAGAUUACAAGAAUUACUUCUGUUUUGUAUGCUCGGAUGAUUGGUGUACCUGCUAGUAUACUCUAUCCUAGUCUAUGUUUCCAAUGGAAUUAAGGAAGAUUUAAUUGAUCCAGCAGCAUUGUACAUACCCGAUGUACUAUUUUAUUUUCCUUUCUCUUGGUGUUGUCGACGGGGUGUAAAGUGCAUCAAUAAUCUUUGUUCUGCUGUUUUUA